CGGCGGCUGACGUCACAUCCAGCAUGGCGGUCAAGGUGCAAGCCACAAAAAGAGCUGACCCCCAUGAGCUGAAGACUAUCUUUCAGAAGCAUGCCAGCGUGGUGCAGGAUGGAGAGCGUUACAUGACCCCCCGUGACUUUGUGCAGAAUUACAUGGGUCUGCACACACAUCCUCAACACAACCCCAAAACUGUGGAGCUGAUAGCUGGAGUGGUCGACACCACCAAAGAUGGAUUGAUCUCUUUCCAGGAGUUUCUGGCCUUUGAGUCCGUUCUGUGUGCUCCUGACGCCCUUUUCAUCGUGGCCUUUCAGCUGUUUGAUAAAACUGGCACAGGAAACAUCUCAUUUGAAAAUGUUCGUGACAUCUUCAGCCAAACUGCAGUGCAUCACCACAUCCCCUUCAACUGGGACUGUGAGUUCAUCAGGCUGCACUUUGGCCACGGAAGAAACAAGAACCUGAGUUUCUCAGAGUUCAGUCAGUUCCUGCAGGAGCUGCAGUUGGAGCACGCGCGCCAGGCGUUCGCCAUGAAAGACAAGAACAAAAGUGGCGCCAUCACCGCCUUGGACUUCAGCGACAUCAUGGCCACCAUCAGGCACCACAUGCUGACACCGUUUGUAGAGGAAAAUCUGGUUUCAGCUGCAGGAGGCAGCAUCUCUCACAUGGUGAGCUUCUCCUACUUCAACGCCUUCAACGCCCUCCUCAACAACAUGGAGCUGAUCCGCAAGAUUUACAGCACCAUUGCUGGCACACACAAAGACACUCUGGUCACCAAAGAGGAGUUUGUUCUCUCUGCAAAUAAGUUUGGCCAGAUCACGCCCAUGGAAGUAGACAUUCUGUUCCAGCUCGUCGGCCUCCACUCUCACUCUGGGCGGCUGAAUCAUGCAGACAUCGAGAGAGUCGCCCCACUGGAAGAAGGAGCCAUGCCGUACCACCUUGCAGAGACCCAGAGACCGCACACUCACGAAUCGUCUCGGCCCGUCUGGCUCCAGGCUGCAGAAUCUGCCUACAGGUUUACUCUGGGCUCAAUCGCUGGAGCCACCGGCGCCACAGCCGUGUACCCCAUCGACCUGGUAAAGACUCGGAUGCAGAACCAGCGCUCCACAGGCUCCUUCGUGGGAGAGCUGAUGUACAAGAACAGCUUUGACUGUGCGAAGAAAGUGCUCCGUUACGAGGGGUUCUUCGGGUUUUACAGAGGUCUCCUCCCGCAGCUCAUCGGCGUCGCCCCGGAGAAAGCUAUCAAACUCACGGUGAAUGAUUUCGUCAGAGACAAGUUCACCACACAAGACGAUACCAUCCCUUUAAUAGCGGAGAUUCUCGCUGGCGGAUGUGCUGGAGCCUCCCAGGUGAUUUUCACCAACCCUCUGGAGAUUGUUAAGAUCCGACUGCAGGUGGCUGGAGAGAUCACCACGGGCCCCAGGGUCAGCGCCCUGAACGUUGUAAGAGACCUCGGCUUCCUCGGCCUGUACAAGGGAGCCAAAGCUUGCUUUCUGCGCGACAUCCCCUUCUCAGCCAUCUACUUCCCCGUCUAUGCCCACACCAAGAAGAAGCUGGCAGAUGACGAGGGAAGGCUGGGUCCUCUGCAGCUGCUCACUGCCGGAGCUAUUGCAGGUGUGCCAGCGGCGUCGCUGGUGACCCCUGCUGAUGUCAUCAAAACCAGGCUCCAGGUGGCGGCUCGAGCGGGCCAGACGACAUACAGCGGAGUCAUCGACUGUUUCAAGAAGAUCCUCCGAGAGGAAGGUUUCAGUGCAUUUUGGAAAGGCGCAGGAGCUCGAGUCUUAAGAUCCUCACCGCAGUUUGGUGUAACACUGGUGACCUACGAACUCUUACAAAGAUUUUUCUACGUUGAUUUUGGAGGACACCGACCUGCUGGUUCAGAGCCCAUUCCCAAACCCGCGGUGAAGGACUACCCGUCUGUGACCGCCGAACACGUGGGUGGUUACCGUCUGGCUGCUGCGACCUUUGCUGGCGUGGAGAGGAAGUUUGGCUUGCACCUGCCUAAUUUCAAAUCGGCAGAAUCCAAAACUGUACCUCAAGCCUCAUGA